UUUUUAUUAUAAAUAAAAAAAAUUAAGUGCAGUUUUUAAAACAAAUUUUUAAAUUUCUUCAAAUUAAAAGACUUAAAAAGUCAUAAAAUGGUGAAAUUAGCAAAAAAGAAGAACAAAACUAAACAAGCGCCUGUUAAGCCUUUAAGCCGUAAAGAACUACGCAAACAAAAGCUUCAGGAAAAGAAAGAACACAAACGUUUAUUUUUCUCCAGCAAAACGGAGGGCAAGAAAUUAGUGGCUGAAGCCAAAAAACAGCAACAAAGUGAAAAGAUACAAACCAAAAAGAAAAGUAAAAAGCCUAAAGUAACUAUUAAUCCCGAUGAUAUACCCAUAGAACAACUAUUGUCCGGUGAAAUUAAUUCAGAUAAUGAUGAAUCAGUGGAUUCGGACUUUUCUGAUGAAGAAGUAGAUGCUCUGCUACCGGAGUCACUGAAAUUGCAAAUGAAAGCUAAAGCAAAACCAAAAGCUGCCGUGAAAAAACUCAAACUUAUAGAACCUGCACGCCCGAAUGCAGAAGACACUCAUCGCAAGGAAUUACAACGUCAGAAAGAUUUGGAAAAUGCAUCCAAAAAGCGGCGAAUUAAACAAUUGAAACUGGAAAAUGAGGAAGAAGAUAAAGUGAUAGCUAAACUAGAGAAAAAGUUGGGUUUAAAUAAGACCAAAAAUAAAAAUCGUUUGGUGCGUAAAAUGUUCAAUGAUGGUUUGGAUUUUGCUUUGGAGUUGUGUCUCGACGAUGAGGAGGAAAAGGAAAAACAGGCUUUGAAAGAAAAGCGCAGAGAAGAAUUGAAAAAACAACAAAAUAAAGAACCCAGCUGGAGUGAUGAAGAGCAAGAUGAAGAAAGAUUUAAUGCCAUAUUUGGCAGUGGUGGGGAGACAGAUGGUUCGGAAGGAAAUGAAGAUUUGGAAGAAAAUGAUGCCGAUGAUUUUGAUGAUGAAAGUGAUCUUGAUGAAGAGGGAGAUGAAGAAGAAGAAAUGGAAAAUGAGUUUGGGGGAGAAGAUGAAGAUGCAGAAGAUGAAGAGAACCAGGAAAAGAAGGAGGAAUUCAAGGAAGAUAUUUACGGACGCAAACGAGACAAAGAUGGCAAUAUUAUUAAGGAGGGCGCCAGUGAUGGUCCACAAAAAUAUAUUCCCCCACAUCAAAGGGCAUUGCUGGCUGCUAAAGGCGAUAACAAACAGGCUGAAAUUUUGGAAAGACUGCGCAAACAAUGUAAAGGUCUGCUCAAUCGUUUAUCAGAAGCUAAUCUUCAUAAGAUUUCUACCGGCAUAGAGGAACUUUAUAUGAAAAAUUCACGUUUUAAUAUGAACGAGACCCUUAACAAGUUGCUACAAGAGGCUCUGAUUGGUAAAGUUUUGGCAAAUGAACGUAUGGCGCAGGAACAUAUGGUUUUAUUAGCUUAUCUACAUGCUCAUAUAGGCAGUGAAAUCGGAGCACAUUUUCUGCAAAUGUUUAUUGAACAAUUCGAUAAUCUCUUAAAGAAUCUUUCGCAAUUGCAGCAGGAGGAUAAGAGCUUAAAUAAUGUCGUACUAGUACUUAGCUACAUGUAUGUUUUUAAAAUAUUUGAACAUCGGCUGUUGCUGGAAAUCAUAGAACGUUUAACCAACCAAUUAGAGGAAAAGACCAUCGAAUGUCUGUUAUUAAUCUUUCAGUCGGUGGGUUUUAAACUUAGAAAAGAUGAUCCCUUGGCAUUUAAACAAAUGAUGUUGUGUGUACAAACAAAAAUAGCCGAAGCUCCGUUAGAAUUGAAAGAGAAUUUAAGGCUUAAAUUCAUGGUGGAUAUCUUAAAUGCCGUUAAAAACAACAACAUUAACAAAAUACCCAAAUUUGAUCCUGAGCUGCAUGAGAACUUGAGAAAGAAACUAAAGGCCAUGUUAAGAAAUGAUAAAUAUGUUAUAACACUUAAUAUAACCAUGGAAGAUUUGCUACGUGCAGAUACAGUGGGUAAAUGGUGGGUUGUGGGUUCAGCCUGGACGGGUAAUAUCAAAGAAAUGGCUGCAGCACAAAAGAAAGCGGAGGGUGAUGAAAGCUCUUCUAAAUCGCAAAAAUUUUCGGAACAAUUACUCAAACUGGCCAAGCAGCAGAAAAUGAAUACCGAGGAAAGGCGUAAUAUAUUCUGCAUCAUAAUGAGUGCUGCCGAUUAUAUAGAUGCCUUUGAAAAGAUACUUCAUUUGGCUGUAAAGGAUCAACGUUCCAUAGCUUAUGUUACUAUACACUGUUGUCUCAACGAAAAGGCCUCCAAUCCUUAUUAUGCCCAUUUGGCUUUAAAAUUCUGCAACUAUAAUCGUAAAUACCAAUUAGCCUUCCAAUUUGCAAGUUGGGAUCGCAUUAAUGAAAUAGAUUCUCUUAACAAAAUACAAGUACGAAACUUAGCACGUUUCCUGCAGCAUCUUAUAAUUAAUAAUGGCUUACAGUUGGCUGUUUUAAAAAUUGUUGAUUUCCUGCAGUUAGAUAAACAGUCCUUUGCUUUGAUGAAAGAAAUCUGCAAGGGUUUGCUUUUGUCUUCUGAGGAGCAGGAUUUGUAUCAAGCUUUCGAACGAUUGGCUAAGAAUACAAAGUUACAACAGUUCAAACAAAGUUUACGUUUGUUCCUGCAACACUUUUUGCUUAAAGAACAAGGUUCCACCUUAAAACUAAGCGAAGAAGAAAUGGAAUUACUGCAAAAACGUGUAGAUUAUGUUGAUAAAUUGUUAGCUUAUGUAGAUAUAUAACAGAGAGUAAAACUAUAAGUUAUAUGUAUAUAUAAUAAAAAGACUAAAUUUUUUAAUA